AUGGAAUGUAUCCAAUACUAUUCGCGUUUCAUCUCGAACUUCACCACAAAAGCCCAACCGCUGUUUGCUGCGCAGUCGACUACGGAAUGGAAAUGGACUACCGAGUGUGAACAAAGUCUGCGUGAAAUCGUUCAGAUGAUAACUGACCGACCAGUUCUUGCCUCGUUCUCUCCGACAAAACAUCUAACUUUGAUCACCGACGCAUCAGAUCUUGGCAUUGGUGCUCUCAUCAAACAGAACGGAUGCCCAGUUGUCUACAUCUUCCGUCUACUAAGCACGGCAAAACGAGAAUAUUCGCAGACACAGAAAGAAGCACUAGCUGUAUAA